AUGAGACUUAAGCUUCUGCAGACCAAACAAAGCUGGAGUGACACCAUUGAUGCCGUUAAAACGAAACCGGCCCAUUGGAACAGUUUCACGAACUCUACAGCUAGAGAAUACAGCAGAACUCAGUCACAACGUUUGGAAUCGCACGAUCGUAGAAAACACCGACCCUGCAAAGAUCCGAUUUCCACAAAAGACAUCUUUGAUCGAGUCGACAAAUUGGAAAAUGAUGUUAGAAAAGUCAUAAGGAAGUACUCUCUUCCUCAACAUCACCAGCAUAGAGACACUGGGCCAAUAUUUCACCACCACGCUGCUUCGCACAUUGCUGUGGCAGAAACUAGGGAAUCAGUCGACCAAUAUGCUGCUUCCAAAACCGCUACCAGACACGGCAACACAACCAUGACCAGUGUGGACCAAGUAAACACGUUUGAAGCCGAGGCAAAGAGAAUCAUUGCUGAAUAUCACAAAACAAAAGAACGGCGUACAAGUGAAAUUACAAAGAACAGUGCCAAUCGUUCUUCGGUCAGAAAUCAGGCUUCCGUCCGGCGCAGGCAAGCAGGACAGGAGUCGUCACUGAGGCAUUCCGACAGUAAGAAUUUAGAGAUCGGUCGUCACAACAGCUUGACAAGGGAUUCUCAACGAAACCAGACCAAAGUACCAAAACCAAUUUAUUGUAGCACACCUAAACCAAUUUGCAUUAGCACACCCAAGCCAGUGUAUAGUAGCAAUCAGGAUAAAUUUUGUAAGCAGCUAUUGAGGAACACGGAGCACAGGCAGCUCGGAAGUGAACCAAAACACGACGACUUUCAUAGUCAGAUAUCCUCAGCUGACACUUGCCGAUCAGAAUAUACAGGAGAACACACGGAUCAGCAAAGAAAGUAUGGGAAUUACGCAGUAAGGAACUUUCAACACAUUGAUGAGCCAAUCAGAAAACCUCAAGAACGGCUACACGAGGAAAGAUCGCGACUGCCAAGUUCUGAAGACACCGACACCAAUUCGUGCAGGGAUCAAACUGAUGGUGGGUGUAUGUUACUGAUUGUCCGUCCAACUCGCAGCCUCUCCGGUAAUGUUGUUGGGUAUGAUGUUGCUGAAGACGUGCCUAGAAAAAGCGGGGCAACUAAUGAGGAGUUUCAACCAAUGGGAGAUGAAUCGGAUGACGACCAGAGAUACACCAAUCAAGAAAUAACACUGAAGUUGGACACACCCUUCAAAUUCGUGUUACCAACCUCUGGAGGCAAGUCAGUGGAUGAAGUGAAGUACAAUAACAGUCUGUCAUUGAGUAUGGCUCGAGAAUGGAGAGGUAUUUGCGAGGACAGCGUACUGUCUGACAAAGAGCCAGACAGCCAUGCUACGUCCACACUAGAAUGUGACAGUGACACUCAGUCUUUAACUUGUGAUGAGUCUGAUGUCCAUAAAGGAGAUAUCGUCAAUGACGAGGACCAAGAGCCAGAUGUUUAUGCAAUGUCGACCCAAGACUGUGAUGUGGAUAUCGUUUCUGUAACAGACGAGAAGCCAGCUUGCCAGGUACCGUCCACCGGGGAAUGCGACAUGGACAUUGAUUCAGUAUCAGAGGACGAGCCAGAUUGUCGUACAUUGAAAACUUAUGUAGGUGAUGUCAAAAUCGAUUCUGUAACGGACGAGGAGACAGAUUCCCGCGCACAUGGUACAAAAGGUUGGGACAGAAACAUUGAGUCUGAAACAGACGAGGAGGCAGAUCACAGUGCGCUUUGUGCACAAGUAUGUGACGGAAACAUCAAGUCUGUAGCAGAAGAGGAGACAUAUUGUCGCACACUAGAUACAAAAGUAUGUAACGGAAACAUCGAGUCUGAAACAGACGAGGAGACAGAUCGCAGUGCACUUUGUGCACAAGUAUGUAAUGGAAACAUCGAGUCUGAAACAGACGAUAAGACAGAUUGCCAUGCUCAUGGUACACAAGCAUGUAACGGGUACAUCGAGUCUGUAACAGACGAGGAGACAGGUCGCAGUGAACUUUGUGCACAAGUAUGUAAUGGAAACAUCGAGUCUGAAACAGACGAGAAGACAGAUUGCCAUGCACUUUGUACACAAGUAUAUAACGGAAACAUCGGCCUUGAAAGAGAAGAGAAGACAGAUUGCCAUGCUCAUGGUACACAAGCAUGUAACGGGUACAUCGAAUCUGUAACAGACGAGGAGACAGGUCGCAGUGAACUUUGUGCACAAGAAUAUAACAGAGACAUUGAGUCUGUAACUGGCGAAAAAUCAGAUCGGCAAACAUUGCCUAGGCACGUAUCGGACAUGGACAUCGUUUCUGUGACAGACGAGGAAGCAGAUUGCCAUGCACUAACCACAGAAGUAGGCAAUGGGACAAUUUUUCAAGCAGAUGAUGUUUCUGCAGAAGGUGGUUCUCUCGAAGAAUUAGAACCAGUGAACAACGAGUAUGAUUCCGGUCCUCAGGCAAAGUACAGAAAUAUAACCAAAUGUGGUGUGAUGGACUCAAAACCACAUUCCGUCAUCGCUGAAACAACGAUGAAGGAGGACUCUGUUUGCUGGGGAACAGAUACAGAUGAAUGCACCAGCAGCAAGACGUCCGCCUGGAUAAUCAACGGAAAUCCGGAGGCCUCUGCGAAAGGAACAAACGUGUCUCCAUUUGCUGAUCAAAAGAAUGAAGACAGCUUUUGGUUCCCAGUGACUGACAUUCCUGAUGGUUUCCCAGUCAGAGAAGUCGAGAUGACUGAAGUAACCAGGUUCCAUGUCUCAGAGUCCGACAGUUCGUGUAUAGAUUGGAGUGAUGACAAGAAAAAGUCCGUUACCACGAACAAACGUGUUGUCCCGGAUUGUGAUACAAAGAUUAAAAAGGAAUUGGAGAACAAGACAUCCUACCCUGACUGGGAUAAAGACAGCGAUGAUUAUGAAGGAUCAAGGAAGGAUGUAGAAGAUAUCCUCAUGCUUCAUGAUCACCACAAAAGAUCGGAAUCAAUCUCCAACCCAGACAUCACCAAGAGAACCUCAGGAUCCAUUACUCCUUUGGUCACUGAACUUUCCGACCAUGAUCAGGCACUUGCUAUCAAAUCUUCAAAAAACAAACCAUCUGAAAAGGAUGACGUGUUAGAUAUCGUAGGAAAUCUUACGUCUGGUUCCGACUGGGAUAGCGAUGGAGACAGCGAACCAGAGAAAUCGAAAACUAAUGUAACCAAUGGAAAAUUAUCGCCAGUACAAGGUACCUGCAGCAUGACUCUGGGACUGAAUGAAUUACAAAUGGAGGGAACAGGACUAGUUGAGGUCAAGAGUGGAUCACACGAUUCUGACUGGGACAGUGAAAGCGAGGUUUCAAGAGAUCUAGGAGGUAACAUGAAAACGCAAGUAAAGGAUACAGUCCAAGACAAUGCGCAAAAUGCAGAAAACCCAAAGCCAGAAUUGAAUGCACCUGCCCGCAACAAUGAGCAGCAAACGCUUGAAGAACUCAAUACAGGCUUGGUGAAGGGACACACAUCAGCGUCUGAUUCUGACUGGGGUAGUGACAGUAGCUCUUUACAGAACGAAAAGAGGACUGCAGUCAUUAAACGUAAUCUAUCAUUAACAGAUAUAUUGAUGCCACAAGACGAUCAAAGAAAGCAGUCUGCAAGAAUCGUUGUGUGCGAGGCUGAGAAGAAGGACUGUCCCAACACGCCUGCUGCAAAAGAGGCACCAGAAGAUGCACAGGAUGUUGCGUCCAGUUCGGACUGGGAUAGUGAAGACAGUGAAUCAAAGAAACCAGAGAGCAUUGCAUGCAAUGAAAGGGAGACGACAGUGCAAGAAAUAUUUUUGCGGAAUAAUAAUCAGGAAACAUCCCUUAUGGUACCAUCAAUACCAACAGUGAACUACCAUGAGCUAGAUGUUAGAAAACCCAGUGUCGCAUUGAAUGGGUACAAAUCUGAUCACGGACUCGACCCUGGUGGGGUUGCCGGAACACUAACUGUAGAGGGUCAGAAGACUGCAUCUGGGUCGGACUGGGGUAGCGACACCGAUGAAUCGGACGACAAAAAAGGGGACGGAACUCUGUUUCAUGAUCACAGAGUGAAGGAAUCAGCUACUAUCCUUACCAUUACUAAAGAGAAACACCCCGCUCUGACGAACAAUGAUACUUCUGACCACAGAAAUAUCACUGGUUCCCUAAUUGAACUCAAAUCAUCAGAGGUGAAGACACUUGUUAAAGAAAAGACACCAAGAAAAGAACCACAACAGAGUUCCGACUCGAACUGGGAUAGUGACAGCGACCCGUCAGAAGAUCAAGCAUCAGCACAAGAUCACAGAAUGAAGGAAUCAGCUACUGUCCUAACCGUUACUAAAGAGAAACACCCCGCUCUGACGAACAAUGCUACUUCUGACCCCAGAAUUAUCACUGGUUCCCUAAUUGAACUCAAAUCAUCAGAGGUAAAGACACUUGUUAAAGGAAAGACACCAAGAAAAGAACCACAACAGAGUUCCGACUCGAACUGGGAUAGUGACAGCGACCCUUCAGGAGAUCAACCAUCAGCACAAGAUCACAAAAUGAAGGAAUCAGCUACUAUCCUAACCAUUUCUAAAGAGAAACACCCUGCUCUGACGAACAAUGAUACUUCUGACCACAGAAAUAUCACUGGUUCCCUAAUUGAACUCAAAUCAUCAGAGGUGAAGACACUUGUUAGAGGAAAGACACCAAGAAAAGAACCACAGCAGAGUUCCGACUCGAACUGGGAUAGUGACAGCGACCCUUCAGGAGAUCAACCAUCAGCACAAGAUCACAGAAUGAAGGAAUCAGCUACUGUCCUAACCAUUACUAAAGAGAAACACCCCGCUCUGACGAACAAUGAUACUUCUGACCACAGAAAUAUCACUGGUUCCCUAAUUGAACUCAAAUCAUCAGAGGUGAAGACACUUGUUAGAGGAAAGACACCAAGAAAAGAACCACAGCAGAGUUCCGACUCGAACUGGGAUAGUGACAGCGACCCUUCAGGAGAUCAACCAUCAGCACAAGAUAAGUCGAUGUCACACGAUGAUCAGAGACAUCAGCUAGCAAAAUUGGUUGUGACCGAUAUCGAGGAGAAAGCCCUUCCAGUUGUUCCGUUGGCAAUUGUGAAUGCUGACCAGGGUUCAUCUGUUGAUCACAUCGAUAGAAUGCACAAAGAUCCUCAAUUCAGUGAUGAAUUGCUAGAUAUGGUUCAAAAGAUUGAUUUCGAUUCUGACUGGGAUAGUGACGGAGAAAGUGAAACCGAAAAACCAAAGAGCAGUAUUUAUAUUGAAAAGGAUUCAACGCAACACGCUAAUCAGAAAUCGUUUUGCGAUGGCAAUGCAGAUAUAUCGCCUAGGAAAACGGUGGCAUCAACUGUGAAAUGCAACGAGUUAGAUGCUCAGAAACUGAGUUUAGCAACGAGUCACAAGUCACCAGAACAGAGUGAGAUAUUUGGAUCACUACCUGUACAAUGUCCUAACUCCACACCUGUGUCGGGCUGGGAUAGUGACAACGAUGAUUCAGACAACAUGAAGGCGAAAGAGGCUUUCUUAGAGGAUCACAGAAUGAAAGAAUCAGCUGAUAUUCUAAGCGUUACUGAAGAGAAACACAACCUUGUGUUGAACAAUGAUAUUUCUGACCAUAGAAAUACUACUGGGUCCCUUUCCAAUAUGUUAAUUGAACACAAAUCACCAGAGCAGAGGACAUGUAUUAGAGAUAAUACACCAAGAGAAAAACCACAUCAGAGUUCCGACUCGAACUGGGAUAGUGACAGCGACCUUUUGGAAGACCAACCGUCUAUAGAAGAUGUGUCGAUAUCACACGAUGGUCAGGGAAAACAGAUAGCAAACUUUGCUGCAUCCGAAAUUGAGAAGCAAGUAUUUCCGAUUGUUCCGUUGUCAAUUGGUGACCAUGGGUCAGCUAUGGAUCAUACAGAUGGAAUACAAAAAGACCAUCAAUCUAGUGAGGAAAAACCUGCUACAAAAGAGGAAUUGCUAGAGUUGCACAGUUUUAAUUCCGAUUCUGACUGGGGUAGUGAUGGGGAAAGUGAACCGGAAAAACUAAAGAUCAGUAGUUUUAUUGGAAAGGAGUCGUCGCCCCAAGAUCACAAAAUGAAGGAAUCAGCUGUAAUCCUUUCCCUGACAAAAGAUAAACACAACUCUCUGACGAACAAUGAUAUUUCUGAUCACACAAAUAUUACUGGAUCACCUUCCAAUAUAUUAAUUGAACAUAAAUCGUCAGAAGAGAAGACAGCUUUUAAAGAAAAGACAUUAAGAGGAGAACCAAAACAGGGUUCCGACUCGAACUGGGAUAGUGACAGCGACCCUUUGGAAGACCAACCGUCUAUACAAGAUAUGUCGAUGUCAAUCGAUGGUCAGGAAAGACAGUUAGCAAACAUCGCUAUGUCCGAUAUGGAGGGGAAUGUUCCCAAUGUUCCGUUAGCAGUUGCUGACCAUGGCUCAACUGCUAUUCCUACCGAUGGAACACACCAAAUACACCAAUGUAGUGAGAAAAACCCUACUACAAAAGAUGAACUGCUUGAUAUGGUACAAGACAUUGAUUCCGAUUUUGACUGGGAUAAUGACGAAGAGAGUGAAGCAGAAAAACCGAAGAGCAGUAGUUUUAUUGGAAAGGAUUCAACGCAACACGCAAAUCAGAAAUCUUUCUGCGAUGAUGAUGAAGAAUCGUUGGCAUCAAGUGUGAAAUACGAGUUCGACCAUCAGAAACCGAGUUUAGCACAGAAUGCAUGCAAAUCUGAUCGUAGAUCACCGGGACAUCGUGAGAUAACUGGAAAACUACCUGUAAAAUAUCCGAAUUCCGCACUCCUAUCGGAAGGGGAUAGUGACAGCGAUGAUUUAGAUGACAAAAAGUGGACAGAAGCUUUGUUAAACGAUAUACUUGCGCAUUCUGAGGACCAUGGAAGGAAGGAAUCUUCUGUCAACGCAUUCACUAACAAUGAUACAGAUAUUGGUCUGGCGGCUGCAGACAGAUAUGAUCUGGAAAACAGAAACGGAUCCAAGAUAUAUCCAAAUGAAGCAUUGGAUCAAACUGCUUUAGAAUACAAACCUGCUGCAAAGGAUCAGGAGUCACGAGACGACAGUUUUGACGGGGAUAGUGAUGGAGACAGUGAGCCAGGGAAAAGUACUCCGUACGGAAAGGAUGCAUCGGCACAAGAAUUCACAGAGAAAGGUCCUGAUAACAGAAGGAAACAUUCCCCAGAAUCAAAUAUCGCUGGAAAUGCGACCAAACAGGACAUACCAUCCCCCAAAAGAAUAUCUUUCCCUGAGAUUGAUGAGAGCAGUCAAUAUACAGAAGAGGAAAAUGUUGUAAUCGGUGGAUUUUCAAAAGAUUCGAAAGAAAAACAGUCUGGAUGUUUUGAAUCCAAUCUUUGCGAUUGGGACAGUGACAGCACCACCAGUGAUUUAAAUGAAGUAGGAAACGAAGAUCAUCUGAAUACAUUGGUACGCCAGGACACACCUAGUUACAAGGGGUGUUCUAAUGAGGAUCUGACCAAGGAAAACAAAAACAUUUCAAAAUUCGUCGCUAAAGAUGAACCUGAUAAAGUUGAAAUUCACCAGAGUUCUGACCCUAGCAAGGAUAUUUAUUACGUGGCUGAUACAGUUGAAGUUAUAAGUCUGAUACCCGAACAAAAGGAAAAGAGGAAUGCUGCAAACAGCCCAAAUCCUGAGUCAAGAAGAGCAUCUGAUCGUGAUCAAAUAGAAGUAACUUUAUCUCAGAAAUUGGAUGAGUCGACAAAAUAUAGGCACAAUGCUGGGAUUGAAAGAUCGGAUGACGAAGAUAUUUCAUGUAUUGAUUUAAUGGACUAUAACUCUGACUUGGAGGCUAGAAGCAUUUCAUCAGUUGGAGACUUUCAGGAUGAUAGCUGUGCUGGUUCUUCAAACGAAGAGAUGCCCACAAACCAUGCUUUGGUUCGAUCGGACAGAUUAGCAAGAGGAAUUCCAUCUAUAGACGAUUUCCAUGGUUACACGUAUGAGACAUCAUCAGAUGACGAUCGAAUUGAAUGCAAUCAUCAUGAAAUGAAAAGAGGGCUCUUAGGCAAUAAAACUGGUGUUCAACAAAAUAAUGUAUCAAUGCCCGAUUCCUCUGGCCCCUUUCAGAUAAAUGAAGAUCCCGAUACAGACUAUGUACCCAAGACAAAAAACAGUGAUAUGGCGUAUGAGAAUGACGAAGUCCGCAAUUUUCCUAACGUGAGGCUCAAAGAUAUUUUUGUUACUGGCAAGGAUACAGAAACAAUAACAAAUAGUGAUCCUGUCCAAGAAAGAGGCAUUUCCGUUUUGGAUUUCAACGACGACAGCAACAAGUUAUCGAAGGCUGAGCUUGUUGAAGAAGUUGAUGAACUCAUUUUCGAGGACAACUGCGGUACUGGUGCCCAAACAAGACCAAUGAGCAAACAAGCCCCAGUAGCAUGCAUUUCAGAUUUAGAUUUUGAUGAGGGCAGCAGAAAUGUAACAAAAGCGAAACAUGCUGAAGACGCUAAAUCAUCAGACGAAGAUUUCAGCAUUCCUUGUAUCUACCUAAGUGAUGAUAUUUCAGGAUUGAGGAAUGACAACAACAUUUCUUCCGAUGGAGAUUUUCAAGAUUACAGCUAUGAGAGCUCGACAGAUGAAGACAUACUAGACCGCAAAGUUGAGGUGGAUAUUGCAUCCAGCAGAAAAUUAACUUAUGAAGAAUCUUCAAACAUAGAUCUUACGAAGGAUGGCCAUGAUUUCCUUUUGGACCCCCAGUAUGAUACAGGACCACCCGAGUGCAACAACACUUACAGGAGAAUCAAAGAUGUUCUGUUUGCACCUAACCUAAGUUCUGACCAAAGAGAAAUUUUUGACGGUACCCCAACAACAGACACGAGCAUGAGAACAGCUAUGACAUCAAACUUUAUGACGAUUUUAAUGAAGGAAGAAGAUGAUCGGAACACUUCUCACUCUCAUCUCAACGAAAGUAAUAACAGCAAAGAUCAUGAUAAAUCACCAAGGCGUGACAGCAGAGACCAGGAUAACCUGUCACCAGGUGGCGCUCUGAAGAAAUCAGCCGGCUUAUCAUCGGAUAUUACGGAAUCACACCGUUUGGAGGUCGUCUCUCCCGAAAAGACUGACGAUGUCGUUGGAAUUUCCCCGUUUGAUCUAGGCUCCUACCUAACAUAUUGUAACUCAGGCAAAGAGCAACUCGUCCAGAAUCAGUACAGGAAAGAUUUUCAACCGUCGCAUGAUGACAAGAUUAAAGAAGAAUCCAUUGCCACAGAACAUAACAAUACAACAAUUCGUGAUGAAAACGUCAAACGUAGUACCUUGAGUAAACGUUUUACAACCAAGUACCUGUCAAAAAAGAAAGCGUCAGUUGGUGCGAAUGUCUGUACAACUGAACGAAUAAUUGCUAACGGCGAUGCCAACAUAACCGAUCAGUGCCAGAAAACACCACUGGUCAGGGAGAGACGGUACACAGCUAAAUACUUAGCCAGACACAACACUACAGCUCCUCUUGAACCCUUUCCAAGGAGUUCCGAUGGUACUCCUGAUGUUAGAACAGAACAAGAAGCAGGUUGUCAAGAUUCUCAACCAAAUGCAUCCCACAGGAGUCGCCAGUUCACCGCUAAAUACCUGGCCAGACGCCAUGAUCAGGAACCUCUGUAUCCAGCUGAACACCUCGAGGAGGAUGCAACACUACGUCCAGACGGCAAUGAUGGAACUCCGGAUCACAUCGAAGAAACGCCUAAGCAUACUGUUAUCAAAAACAGAUAUUUUACAACCAAAUAUUUGUCAACACGUCCAAACAGAGGUGAUGUAAAAGAUAGUCCAACUGAAGCGACUAACCCGGACACAAUACGGUACAGGAAGGACAUUCCAAUCUGUGGAUCUGACAGCGGAACCACUGGUGGCUACAACAGGAAGGAAAUCCCACGCCGUGGUACUCGCUGCAGCACCACUGAUGCCUACCACAGGAAGGAAACCCCGCGCCGUGAUUAUGACUGCAGCGACACUGAUGCCUAUAACAGGAGGGAAAUCCCUCACUUUGCUACUGCCUGUAGUACUAUCGAUACAUUCCAAAGGAGGGAAACCCCACGCCGUGGUACUCGCUGCUGCACCGAUGAUACUUACAACAGCAUCGCUGAUACUCACUACCGGACGGAGACCCCGUACCGGGAUACUGACUGCAUCAAUGCUGAUACAUACUUCAGAAAGGAAAUGCCAUGCCGCAGUACUGAUUACCAAAAUCCUGGUUCCUACCAAAGAAGAACCAUUGUAUAAAAGGGUAGCUUAAACGUAAUGGUAAAUUUCACAUUAUUAAAACGGUACAUUUUACGGUAAAAUAUAUGGAUCUUUCAAUUGUAAUCUAUGCAUUGUGACUGGAGAAUGGACAGAUUUAUUAGCUACCUCAUGCGAAUCAAACACCGAGCCUUAAAGAAGAGAGAACAGUCUAUUGAUAUAUAUAUAUAUGAAAUAAUAUGUAACCUACAUAUAUUAUUGAUACAAAAAGGGACACUAUGGUAUGGAUGUAUCUCCAUUUAUUGUUGAUACUCAUCUCGAUGCAGUGAUAGUCUAGGAUAAUGUUUAAAUGAAAUAUGUUGUUAUUUAUCGACGGUAUCAAUCUUAACGGUUGAUUCGUGGGAUUUUAUGAGGUAUCUUAUGAUAUUCGUUAUAUAACAUUGGUGUUCUUAUUAUGUUUUUGUAUGUCAAACAAAAUAAUAAAUAUGUAAU